CAUUAUAACACCCUAGGCCUUUCCCUCUUUCUUCUCCCUCUCGUCAUCCUAUACUGGCGUUUCUUUUCCCUCCUCUCGCUGACGAGGACAGGAUUGACGUGCAGGGCGGCAAAGCCUGGGGAGUCCGACGAGGAAGAGAAAAAGGAGAUUUAAAAGCCUAAUAUGGUUCGUAUUCUAGGUUAGAUCUAUCAGACGAUGGAAAGGAGUCGGUCUUUGGUAGGGAUGGAGGUCCCUAUCACCGGCAGCGACUCGGUUAAGUGGAUAGAGGUUACUGUUCCUUCUGCAACUCCUGCUACUUCCUCUUCUUCUUCUUCAUCGUCGCCCUUUGCCCCUUUGACUGAGGAUGCUGCCGCCUGCGCCAUCAUUGGGGAUCCUCCUACCUAUCUAAUUUGGAGAAUUCACAAAAGUCAACCAUGCGCUCUUGAUUUAGUGGAACUCUGCGCUCAUAAAGAAUUUCCAAGGACUGGAAUUCGAAUUCUAUUCCCUGAUGCACUCUGUCCAUUUGCCUUUAUAUGCAAGGAUGAGAUUAGAUGCACUUCUGGCAACCUGUACCUGCUUUAUGCAUUGACUGUUUCAGGAGUAGCAUAUCUAUUCAAACUCAGAAAUAUUUACACUUAUGAAUCCUGCUCUAUUUUCCCAUCAAAUGAUCUUAUAGAGUUUAAUCUGCAAACUCAUCCACAUUAUGGAGAAAUAACAGCUGUAGCAGCAACAUCAGGGUCUCUUGUAAUCGGGAGAAGUGAUGGAUCUGUUAGUCUUUUCCAACUUGGAAUGUUUGAUCAAAGUGCUCCAGAUUUUGUACAUGAGCUGCGGGAUGAUGCAGGAAUUGGUCGUUUGUGGGGUUUCAUCUCAAGGGGUAGGAUGGUGUCGCCUGUUCAGGAUUUAGUAAUAUCAGAGGUGGCUGGUAGAAAACUUGUUUUUGUGCUUCAUUUUGAUGGGAUGUUACGAGUAUGGGAUCUUUUAAGCCAUAGCAAGAUUUUCAGUUGUACCAUGAGCUCUACACCAUUGCCAGGAGCUACAUUUUUAAGGUUAUGGGUGGGUGAAGCUAACUAUGAUACAAGUGUAAUUCCUUUGGUGAUCUUAUGUAGACAUGCUUUGGAAGUCGACAUGGAGAUGAUCUCCAUAUAUCACCUCCGUUUUAGUGUGGGAGACAGGAUCAUUUUCUUUUUGGAGCCCUCAAUGCAAAAUAUCCCUUCUGAGGAGGGGAAAUUCAUUGAUGUGAAACUUACUUCAAAUAAGAUAUGGAUGCUAAAACAAGACGGGUUGAUAUCACACAACCUGUUUCAUACAAAAACUAAUCUGGAAGAAGGACACUGUUAUGCUUUGCAGGAAACUUUUGUUGCUGACCAGCUAUUUCAAAGUUCUGAACAUUGUUUGGAUGAUCUUCUUUGGAUCACCCAUUCACUAUUUUCCACUAUGAAGGAGCAAAUUGUUUCAUUUGUGUCUUCUAUUUUCUUACGGAGGCUGCUUCAUCCUGGGGUUUAUCAUAACAGUGUUCUACGUACAACUUUACAAGAUUAUAACAAACACUGGACUAAUUCUGAGUUCCAGUCCUUGACUGUUGAUGGACUGAAAAAGGAGAUCCUUUCGCUGAUUGAACAUGAGGGUGUCCCUGAAAGUCCAAGUACAUUAAUUUAUUGCUGGAAAAAUUUUUGUAUGCGCUAUUUCCAUUACUGGUGCAAGAACAGUGCACCAUAUGGUUUGCUUGUUGACUCCUCAACUGGUGCUGUUGGUCUAAUCAGAAAAGAUUCAUUAUCCUUGUUCCGCUGUUUGGAGGAUAUUGAGCUGCUUAUCUAUGGUUCUUUUGAUGAACUUGGUGAUUUUGUGGACUCUGGGUUUGAUCUGUAUGGUGAUGAUCUAGAACGCGAAAUUCUUUUUGAAGUGCUCCGAUGCAUUAGUAGUAUCAGCCAACAACUGGGCAAAACUGCUUCAGCACUGUUUUAUGAAUCUCUUAUUAGUGCACCAGUCAUUUCAUCUGAAGAAAUUGUUCCUCGAUUACUAAAGAUCUUAGAGACUGGAUGUAGUUCCUCGGUAGCAGCACUCCCUAUAUCAGAUCUUGGAGCAGAUGGUGCUUGGGAGAAGGAACUGGCUAAUCACAAAAUGUUGAGGAAAUUUUCUGUUGACAUGCUUUUGUCUCUUCAUGCUUUGUGCAACAAAGCUAGCUCAUGGAGCAGGGUUUUGGAUGUCAUAGAAAGCUAUUUAAAAUUUCUUGUACCUCAAAAAAUGACACAGGGAGUGGAUUCUGAAGUAUUAUUUAAUAUCAAUACUUCCAUUUUGGUCCAAGCUACUUCUCAAGUUGCAAAAGUGAUGUUUGAAUCUGCUUUGGACAUUCUUCUCUUACUAAGCUAUCUGGUGAACAUAAGUGGGCAGAUCCAUAUGUUGCAUGAUGAUAUAUCCAGAAUACAGCUUGAGUUGGUUCCAAUGAUUCAAGAAAUUGUUACUGAGUGGCUUAUCAUUCAUUUCUUUAGCACCACACCUUCUGAGUCACCUGCUCUUGAAGAUUUCAGUUCUCAACUUUCAUCAUUACAAAUUGAUAGCAACAUUGAUAGAAAAUCAUGGAACGAGAGGCUUGGAAAGUGUGACUUCACAUUGGCUUUUAUGCUAUUACUAAAUAUUCGAAGUUCCUCUGGAGAUCUAAGCCACCUCUCUUUAAGAUCCCUUCCUAGUCCCCGCAGCUUUAUUUCUUCAGUACGGGACUUUACUAGCUGGAUGAUUUGGGGCAGUACUGGAGAAGAAUCAUCUGCUUUCUUUAGCCAUUCAACUGAGCUUGCAUCAAUCCUACUUAAGCAUGGCCAAUAUGAUGCAGUUGAGUACCUACUUACUAUCGUGGAUGCCCAUUCACACAAGGAAAAGUUAUCUGGAAGUAUCCAAAGUAGUGAUGGUGGAUGGUGCACACUCCAUCAUCUUCUAGGAUGUUGUCUUCUUGCUCAGGCACAAGGUGGCUUAAAUGGAAUACAGAAAGAAAAGAAGAUUUGUGAAGCUGUUCGCUGCUUCUUCAGAGCUUCAUCUGGAGAGGGAGCUUCACAGGCCUUGCAGAGUUUGUCUUCUGAAGCAGGAUUGCCACACCUUGGUUUCAAUGGUCAUGUAUCAUCUGCAGCAUGGAAGCUUCACUAUUAUCAAUGGGCAAUGCAGAUAUUUGAGCAAUAUAAUAUCAGUGAAGGUGCUUGCCAGUUUGCUCUUGCUGCACUUGAACAAGUUGAUGAAGCGCUUGGUCCACAAAAUGACAGCUGUGGAGAAGACCCUCUUAAUGAAUUGGCCACUUCUUUUAAAGGCCGACUAUGGGCAAACGUCUUCAAAUUUACUUUAGAUCUCAAUCACUUCUAUGAUGCUUAUUGUGCCAUAAUAUCAAAUCCAGAUGAAGAAAGCAAAUACAUCUGCUUAAGGCGUUUCAUAAUUGUUCUUUAUGAACAUGGUGCCAUAAAGAUUCUUUGUGAUGGUCAACUACCCUUCAUUGGUUUAACAGAAAAGGUUGAGAGAGAGCUAGCCUGGAAGGCAGAGCGAUCAGAUAUUGCAGCAAAACCAAACCCGUAUAAGUUGCUUUAUGCUUUUGAAAUGCAUAGACAUAACUGGCGAAGAGCAGCAAGUUACAUUUAUCUUUAUUCAGCUCGUCUGAGAACUGAAUCAGUGCUGAGGGAUUGCCCAAACCUAUCUCUAACACUGCAAGAGAGGCUGAAUGGGCUAUCUGCUGCUAUCAAUGCUUUAUAUCUUGUUCAUCCUGCAUGUGCUUGGAUCAAUCCUCUCCUUGGAGGAAAUCCUCUUCACAAUGAGCAUUAUCCGAGCAAAAAGGCUAAAAAGAUGGUGGAAGAACAGUCUUCCAGCAAUGAUGCUCAGCUUCAAAAACUCUAUUCUUAUGUUGAUGUUGAGAAACUUGAAAAUGAGUUUGUGCUAACUACAGCAGAAUAUUUGCUCUCAUUAGCAAAUGUCAAAUGGACAUAUACUGGAAUGCAAAAACUCCCAUCAGAUUUAGUUGAUCUGUUAGUGGAGACAAACUUAUAUGAUAUGGCAUUUACCAUUGUUCUCAAAUUCUGGAAGGGUUCAGGAUUAAAAAGGGAGCUGGAAAGAAUUUUCAUUGCCAUGUCAUUGAAAUGCUGUCCAAAUAGAGUAGGUUCCUCAUUGACCAGGACACAUGGCCUUCUGUUGACAUCAUCAAAGGAUGAUACAGCCAUUCAUGGUUCUAUUGAUCCGGAUCCUUCAACCCAGCAAUCUAACGGGAGUAAUCGAUGGGAAACACUUGAGCUAUAUCUUGAAAAAUAUAAAGGAUUUAAUGCCAGAUUACCAGUAAUAGUUGCUGAAACUCUUCUUCGCACAGAUCCACAGAUUGAAUUGCCUCUUUGGUUGGUUCAUAUGUUCAAGGGUAAUCAGAAGGAAAGUUAUUGGGGAAUGACUGGCCAAGAAUCAAAUACUGCAACCUUAUUUCAACUCUAUGUUGAUCAUGGUCGAUAUACAGAAGCUACCACUCUGCUACUUGAGUACAUAGAGUCAUUUGCAUCAAUGAGACCAGCUGAUAUAAUUCACCGGAAGAGGCCAUCUGCAGUUUGGUUUCCUUACACAACAAUUGAGCGUCUAUGGUGCCAGCUUGAGGAAAUGAUCAGUUCGGGUAACAUGGUUGAUCAAUGUGAUAAGCUGAAAAAACUACUACAUGAAGCUUUGCUGAGACAUCUUAACCUUCUAAAGGUGGACUCAGAUGAUGCACUAUCUUCUUCUGUCCGGUAAGAAAAUUUAGCAAAUUUGGCUAAUCUGCGAAACACCAUCUCAGUAUUUAGGGUUUGCACAGCAAAGAGAGGAUCAGGAAUACCAAAAAGUCUUCUAGGAAAGAACCUUGUUCACUAGCUGCUUUUCCUAGCAUUAUGCUGCGUCUUAAAGGCCCGGUGUGACAAAAGUGUUACAUGUAAGUGAUUUUACAAGCUGUAAUUAGUCAUGAAAUUUAAUAUGAUGAUUCUGGAAGUCAAAUAUAUUUCCAUUAUAAGGAAUUUUGUGAAAUCAUUUAAGUGAGCUUUACCCCCAUGUAAUUAUCUUCCUCGAAACAGUUGGCAGCUGCUGAUUUUCCUGUGAGUGGAGAAUUUGGAAUUGGAGAAUCUGCCCAUUUGUUGCAAACAUGAUGUCUUCUUCUUCUCCUAUUUCGGAUGCACUUUGAGAAUGAAAAAUUUGAAUCCUGGCGUUCCUUGUGUUUUUUUUUAUUCAGUGAUGUAGUAAUAGAAAACUUGGAUGAUUUGCAAAUGAGGAAAAAGGGAAACAUGUAAUCCAUUGUUGGCACGACUUGGGGUUUAUAUCCAGAUGUGGGCGACAUAAGGAAAACACUGAUUGAUUACCGAAGCUCAUUAGCUGGUUUAGGCAUAAAUGUUAGAUAGCUACUUAACCAAAAAUUGAUUGUAACAGUGCUAAAAUGAUAGAUAGAGAAGCAUUACUGUAAUUAUGAAGUAAUUUGAUGUGAUAUAUAAGUCUAUAGAUUCAUGGCUA